AUGACCAUCAACAAGUCCCAAGGCCAAUCGCUCAAAGUCAUGGGCUCCGACUUGGAAACUCCCUGCUUCUCUCACGGGCAAUUUGCCGUACAACCACCUCAGUUUGCGUUAGACAUGCCUACCCUCAUGUCGCACCGCAUCAUGCACGCAUUGCGCGACAUGAAUUCCUGUCGUGGACCCCACUACUAUGCGACACAACUCCACCUCUAA